AUGAAAUUUGGAAAAUAUCUUGAAGAACGAAAAACACAGCUUCCCCUAAACUGGGAUAACCAAUGUAUUAAUUACAGAACUCUAAAACUUUUUAUCAAGCACAAUAUUGCGUUGUAUACAUUGAAUUUAAACACUUUUCCAUCACGAAUACCGGAUGAUGAACGAAGAAAUAUAAAAAUUCCUGAAAACGAACAAGUAUUCACGUGGAAGCCAAUUAAUUCUGAACAACCUAGUUUCUCUCAAUUGAUCUCUACACGUUUGGCAUCACUACAAGUGAAGAUCACGGAAUUUUUGGAGUUACUUGACGCCGAAAUACAAAAAGUCUCGGAUUUUUAUGAUGAUCAAUCCUCAAAGAUCCUCGAUGCAUAUCAACAACAAAAUAUUAAAGAAAAUACCCCCGAGGAUUUACUUCAAUCAAUUAUUAAAUUGGAAAAAUUUAUUUUUCUCAAUUAUACUGGACUAACGAAAAUAUUAAAAAAGCAUGACAAACAUUCUGGCCUUAAUAUUAGUGCAGCUUAUCUGUCUCGAGUAUCCUCGCUUCCAUUUUCCAAAUCUAAUCAACUCUCCUCUUUGAAGAAAAAAUUAAUGGAUCAAUUGCUUGUGACAAUUGGUGGAAAAUCAUUAACAAACCAUACCCAGCCUUCGAUCUCGAUACAAAAUAAUGUUUCUACGACGAAUAAUGAAUUAUUUCCACCGGCAUCUUUGCUCCCGAAUCAAAAAGUGCUAAUUUCUUUGACGGGACCACAUGGGACUGAUAUUAUUGGUUGUGUGUUAGAAUGUGUCGCUGCACAUGAUUGUGAAAUUGAAGAUUUUAUGUUCUCUCGUCUGUACCACAAUGCCACUUUCGGAGUCCUCAUCGCCCUGAGAUCCAAUAGCGUUGAACUAUUUCGUGAUCUCGCGCAAGGUGCACGAAAAUGGGAUGGUACUUUAGCCUUCGAUGUUCACAAUGUUGAAAAGCCAUUAUCUAACUCUAUCGAAGAUGCUCCUUACGAUAAUCGUAUUAAAUACGCGGCAACGGUCCUAAAUCAAAACGGACUUACUGCUGAAUUUUUGGACGAAUGGACCAAAAUCCUGCUAGAUGCUAAGAUAUCGGUAGAAAAAAUGCAGAGAUUGAAUGAAGGAAAAAUUUCUUGUGUCGAUUAUAAACUUUCUGUGCCGUUGGGAACAAAUUUCGAAAAACUUCGAGAGCAAUUAUUCCAGUUCAGCAAAGGUCAUGGAACUGAUGUUGCUCUUCAACCUUAUGAUGUGUUCAGAAGACAUAAAAGAUUGGUGGUAUUUGAUAUGGAUUCCACUCUAAUUCAGCAAGAGGUUAUUGAUGAGAUUGCAAGAAUAGCGGGUGUUGUCGGUGAAGUAGCGAAAAUAACAGAAGCGGCUAUGAAUGGAGAAAUUGACUUUAAGGAAUCACUUCGGCGUCGCGUAAAACUAUUAAAAGGCACUUCAGUCAAUGUUUUCCAAAUCGUCAAAGAAAAUCUUACAUUUACUGAAGGAGCACAUUUUCUUUGCCGAGCAUUGAAAAAGAUUGGAUUUAAACUCGCGGUUAUCUCUGGCGGUUUCACCCCGCUUGCUCAAUAUGUAAAACAUGAAUUGGGAUUGGAUUACGCAUUUGCUAAUCAGCUUAAAGUAUCAUCUGAUGGGCUUACUCUCACUGGUGAAACAGUUGGCCCAGUUGUUGACGGAGAAAGAAAGGCUGAGCUUUUAGAAGUCAUCGCACAGGCGGAAAGUGUAACGCUCGAUCAAGUAAUUGCGAUUGGAGAUGGUGCAAAUGAUUUAUGGAUGCUGGGAAAAGCUGGUCUAGGGAUCGCAUUCAACGCUAAACCGCGGGUCCAAGAAAAGGCACGAGCAAGGAUCAAUCAACACAGUUUAAAAUAUGUUUUAUAUCUUUUGGGAUAUACCGAUGAAGAAUGUAGACAAUUAUAUUCAAGCACAUGA